UAAGGUGCGUAGCGACAAAGACAGCGAGCCCGAAACCUAUGGGGAAGGAAUAAAAAAAGAAAUUCGGUAUCGUCGCACUCUGUGCCUAAAGACCAUCAUUUUCUGAAGAGCUCGCUGCUCCGGGGCCUCGUGAAAGACACCGAAAUUAGACGGCGGCGAGGGCGGAUUUUGAGUCAGCGUAAAGCCAUUGAAUUCGCUGAAGAAGACUGUGGCAACUGGCAGAUUUUCCGUUGGACGGUCUGUAGGCUAGGGUAUAGCGAGGGAGCCGCCAUGGCAGUCGGAUCAUUGAGCCUCCACAUCGGGAUAUGAAGAGGAGCUGCAUGUGUCCCGAAUCGUCAAGAAAACGCCGCAUAUACAAGUGAUCCGCACCGGAUCAGCACUCUUAACAUCUGAACUCACCUUUCUUCAUCUUUGUGAAAUUGAUUUCGCUUCCAGAAAGAUAUCGCAGUUGGUUUUAAUCGGGGGGCCACAGGGAGAGGCCAGAUUCAUGACUAUUUUAGUCGGAGACGUGUGUUCAAAGGCCCGCUGAAAGAAAACCUGGAAUAUACGGAAGAAAUGAUGCUUUGAUUGACUGCUGCUGGGAAAGAAAGGGUAGUUUAUUAGGUGAUACGAACUAAGUGUGAAGGAUUGUGGGAUAAAGGGAUCUCGUUCUGUCUGUCCGCCCUGUGAAUUACAGUGAUAUUCAUUUACUGGCAUCCUCUUUGGAUGAGAAGGGUCGGCGAAUCGAUCAGUCCUGCCGUUUAGCAAGUCACAGUCUCCCGAGUCGAGAGAAUCUAAGGGAUUGGAUCAUGUCGGGUCGGCCCAGGACCACAUCCUUCGCGGAGAGCUGCAAACCAGUGCCGCAGCCCUCUGCUUUCGGCAGCAUGAAAGUCAGCAGGGACAAAGAUGGAAGCAAGGUAACAACAGUUGUGGCCACUCCGGGCCAAGGCCCCGACCGGCCACAGGAGGUGAGCUACACGGACACGAAGGUUAUCGGCAACGGCUCGUUCGGCGUUGUCUACCAGGCUAAGCUCUGCGACUCCGGGGAGCUGGUUGCCAUCAAGAAGGUCCUGCAAGACAAAAGGUUUAAGAACCGUGAGCUGCAGAUCAUGAGGAAGUUGGACCACUGCAACAUAGUCCGCCUGCGCUACUUCUUCUACUCCAGUGGAGACAAGAAAGAUGAAGUGUAUCUGAAUCUGGUCCUGGACUACGUUCCUGAGACUGUCUACAGAGUGGCCAGACACUACAGCCGAGCCAAACAGACCCUGCCCAUGGUUUAUGUCAAGUUGUACAUGUACCAGCUGUUCAGGAGCCUGGCCUACAUCCAUUCGUUUGGGAUCUGCCAUCGGGAUAUCAAACCCCAGAACUUGCUGCUGGAUCCAGAGACUGCUGUGCUCAAGCUCUGUGACUUUGGCAGUGCUAAGCAGCUGGUCCGUGGAGAGCCAAAUGUGUCCUACAUCUGCUCUCGCUACUACCGAGCCCCUGAGCUCAUUUUUGGUGCCACUGACUACACCUCCAGCAUAGAUGUGUGGUCAGCCGGCUGCGUACUGGCAGAGCUGUUGCUAGGGCAACCAAUUUUCCCUGGUGACAGUGGAGUGGAUCAGCUGGUUGAAAUUAUCAAGGUUCUCGGCACCCCAACCCGAGAGCAGAUCCGUGAGAUGAACCCCAACUACACUGAGUUCAAGUUCCCCCAGAUCAAGGCACAUCCUUGGACUAAGGUGAGUCAACAGGUGUUCCGGCCGCGCACGCCCCCGGAGGCCAUCGCCCUGUGCUCCCGCCUGCUGGAGUACACGCCCACGGCCCGCCUCACCCCUCUAGAGGCCUGUGCACACUCCUUCUUUGACGAGCUGCGCGACCCCAACGUCAAACUGCCCAACGGGAGAGAGAAGCCCUCCCUCUUCAACUUCACCACCCAGGAGUUAUCCAGUAAUCCCUCUUUGGCCUCCAUACUCAUCCCUGCCCACGCUCGCAGCCAGGCCGCCGCCUCUACCCCAACCAACGCCUCUGCCACCACAGACGGUAGCAGCACAGAGCGAGGUCCCAGCACCACCACCGCCUCUGCCUCGGCCUCUAACUCCACCUCCUGAGCCCACAGACCACCCGCCCCGCCCCAGUCUCAGCCCCAGCCCACGGCCUCUCCAUUGCCCCGGCCAGGGGGUGAGCUCUGCUCAGCUCUGCUCUGCCCUGCUCUCCUCCCUGACGGCAGCGGAGCGAUGCUGACGCAGUCCGGGUUCAACAGCUAGACAACAGCCCUACGUGACCACGACCACAAACCAAGCAUCCCUUUUCUGCCUCUUUUAUCCCCGACUGGCCCCUCCUCCAGCUGUUUGAACUCUACUCCAUCCUCCAUCAAAGACGUCUCUCCGUGCUCUUUCAACGGGGAAGCAAUGCGCAGGGCCAAAGGUGUUGUCGACUGUACUAUUGAUAAAAGUACACUGUACAUGUAUACACAAUGCUAGCCUGCUAAUGUUUGUAAGAGGACAAUCUGUAGAAAAAAGUCCUAAGCUGUUUCCCCUUGGCCCUCUCCCCGACUCCUGUUGUCCUCCCGUGCAUCGUUCCAUGUUUCUGCAUCCUCAUCCUAUGUCCCCUGGCCCACCCCGCCCCCUCAACCCACCCCACCCCCCUUGGUUCCUUCUGUAGUGCAUGGCCUGAGUAUGGUUAGGAUCACCUGGGGGUUCGCCGCCCUCUCACUUCUCACCUCCACUUCCGCAGACAAGGCAUGAGGCUCACGCACACGUAUACACACAGACACACUCAUGAAGCACACACUCUCACACACACACACACACAUCCCUCACACACAUGGAUGCAUGACGAUCCUGAUGUAUGUGGAAAGAAGCAGUCCACUUGCGGGGAUAACGUUUGGACAGGUUGUUUUUAUUUUUGUUUUGUUUUUUUUUUUUCUUUGCCUGGGGUUGUUUUUAAAUGGUUAGCAAGCUGUUUUACUCGACCUUGUUUUUAAUUUUGUUUUGUACUCCAGGGCAGAUGUUUUUUGGAUUGCCAUGUGCGAUGGAUGUGACAUGUAUCUGGUCCUGUGUGCUUGUAUAAUAUAUACAUACAAUACAAAACAAACAUGCAUACAUACACAGUUUAUAUAUUACUUUUCCUUAUGUAUAAAAAGUAUAUAUAGAUAUAUGUAUAUUAACUACAAUGGUUCAGAAAUCAUUUAUGGUGAGCUCAUAUCUGGCAGAGCAGUGGCAAUAUUUGCUGCUGCCUAAAGACAAUAGAUUUAGAUAUGGUGGUGUUUUUUUUUUUUUUUUGUCUUUUGUUUGUUGCUGGAGUGUGGUUAGAUUCCAGCAGUCACUUCCCUGUUCUCCAGUGUUGUCUGUAUUAAGGCUGUAGAUGGAUUUAGGGCACUGCUCUAUUCCCUGUCUUUGUACCGACUCUGUCUGUAACAGUGUUUCUGUGACAGUGCAGCGUCUAGACAAACAUCUUCCUCUCUCUCUCUGUCUCUGUGAAGAAUUCAAGAUGUUUCUGAACACUUUCCUUUCCUCGACUCUCUGAGAAGUCUCAGCGGUGGUCCUCAGCUCACCACUGACUUCCUCACGUGUUGUGACCACUGACUGAAGUGUUAGCCUAGCGUUCUCUUUCCUCCACCUACCGCACAUAGAGCCACUUGGUACAGUCUGUCGAAGCGUCUUAUUUACAGAGAAUACUCACUACAUUUUAAAGAAAAGAAAACAAAAGAAAAAAAGCAGAAUUUGUAUAUACAGUAUAAAUGCUCCUCACCAAAAUUCUGACUUGUAUGACUUGUAUGUUGUUUUUUAUGUUAUGUUGAUUAUUUUUUCCAUGUUGUGUUCAAGGUAUGUAUAUAUGCAGACCCAUGUACUGUUUAUGAGCAAAAACAAAGAUGACAAAGGGUAGGGAAAGAAAUAAAAAAAAGAUGAAAAAAAACAAAAAAAAAACAGAAUCAGGGCAAAACUGAUGUUGUUUAUGGAUAUUGUAGAUGAUGAUAAUGAUCAGCUUUAUCCAGCCAUAUGUUCAAUCUUACCUGUACAGUACAGUAGAUGACAGCUGUAUUAUUGUAACAAGAACUAGUCAUGUAUAGUGUAACUAUAGUUUGGAGUGCCUUUGCUUUCAUACACCUUCGCCUUGUUCCCACCCCCUCCACCACCCACCCCACCCAGCCCACGCCAUCACCCAACCCCACCCACCCACCCAUCUACCCUUAUAUCGUGACUCUCCCUUUGGUGCUGUUGAAUGUCCUGCUAUCCUGCAACACACUCACACAUGCGCACACACACACGCACGCACGCACAUGCACGCACUUCCACUUGAUUUUCAAUCCCCCUCCACUUACACCUCUUUCCCUUUUUCAUUGCACACUUAAUGUAAUAUACAGACAUUGUUAAUUGUAAGGAUAUUUUCCUUAACUGAAGAUAAACUAGACAAGUGUUUAUUUUAAUAGAUGUUUUAUCUUGGACACACAAAUGCACGCACAAACAUGUAUACCACAGUCCUGGCAUGGACUCCCGGGCAUGAAGUGGGUGGCAGGGUGGGAGGGGUGGUGUGGAUGGCAGCAGGGGUUAAAAAAGACGCCUCAUAUACUGUAUAUAUAAUACAGUACAGUUUCUGUAUUACUCACAGUGUUGGUUCUGUUACCAAAGCCAAACUAUGAUGUAGUUGUGAUGAGCCAUCCUCAGAGGCAAUAAUGUAUUCUGACUCUCUUCUUCUUCUUCUCUCUGGAUAUUUUGUUGUUUCUCUGUCCUCUUGCUUGUUUCUCCUUCCUGUCUGCAUAUUUCGGGGGGAAUUCAGUAGCACCUAAAGGGGUCGAGUCAUGUAGCCUUUCUCCUGUCUCCUGCUUGCUGUAAUUUUGCAUUCAUGAACGUCUUGCUACCCUCCACCAGAAAGUCUGACCACUUCACCCUACCCCUAACUCCAGUUCAAUAAAAACACCACAAAAGUUACCAAAAAAGAAGACAAGCGUGUAUACGUACUAGUAUAUUAUACUAGCAUGUAUACUAGUUUAAUAUGCUAACUGGGUUUAACUGGGGUUAAAGAAAAGAAAAAUCAUAGAAAAUACUACAAAAACAUCCUGUAUAACAGUACUACUACUUGAAUGCCUCCAUUUGUGACUGAAAUUUUUAUUUCAUUUGUUUUUUGUUUUUUCUUUUGUUCUGUGAAGGUAUGCUAAAUGUGCGCCUCUGUAAAUACUCCCUCUGCGUGCUCUGAGGAAUAGUUCCCUGGUACUGUAAUUUGCAUUAAAUAAAGAGUAGGAUAGCCUGGAAAUGAUAAAACUCUUUGUCUGCUACACCUUCUUUUAGUGAGUGUGCUUUUGUCUCUUUAUAAAAGCCAAUUAAAUUACCUUUGUAAAGCAAA